AUGUCUUCAAACAACAUUCCUCCAAGUUUCGUUGAAUGUCCUUACGAAAUAUUGAUAAAUAUCCUAAAAAGGGUUGAUUCAAAGGAUAUUAUUGCUCUUGGAUUGACGUGUCGGCGUUUGAACAGAAUUGCCAACGACUCUUAUCUCUGGCAUAUGCUUUGUUGCUGUCGUUACGAUGACUAUGUAAUGAAAAAAAACCCAAAAUUGAAAGAUCAUAAUAGCGAAAUAGACUGGAAAAAAAUGUAUUUCGAACUUGGUACAUUAAUUAAGUAUGCCGCUCCUACAGCACGAAUAAUUUGGCUAGACGACCCAGAUGAAUAUGGUGUUCGUCCCCCUCCUAGUCAUCAGUAUUGGUCUGUCUUCCCUGACCCUAGGAGCCAUAUUAAAAGUGUUAUAGCUCUGGAUCACGUGUGGUGGCUAGAUGUAAAAGUUACCUUCGACUCUGUCCCUUACGGUACAUACGACAUUAUAUGGAGAAUCAUUGCAGGGCGUGGAAGUAAUUUAGAUCGCGCUUGUUUUGAGACAAAAGUUGUCGACCCAUCUGAUGACGACAUGGAAGAAAUGGUGGUAGAGCCAAUUGUAGAAUUUUGGCCUACCAAAGAGGAUAUUCAACCUAUUAUAGAUAAGAAAGACUGGACUGAAUAUCGAGUACCUAAGCCAAUAGUUGUGAGUGACGCUCAUGACUCCCCAUCGAAGAUUAGAGGUUCUUCUUAUACCUACCGAACUGUACAUGCUAAAUUGUACUCACACGACUCGACGAUGCAUAGCGGACUGCAUAUCGAUUACGUGCGACUGGAGCCUCACAAAGAAGACAAGCAAUAA